ACCCCCUCUCCGUAGGCCUUGCUCAGAACACGGAAGAGUUUUAGCUCCGUAGAUAUCGUGCCGCCGGGUGUCCAUAUAUCGAUAUAAACAUGUCUAAAGUCGACAUGUUGAGAGUGGCGGUGAAUGAACAUCUAACCGCGGCUGCUGAACAGAUAUUUGGACUGUUUGAACGAACCAUCGCAGACUAUGAGGAGGAACUGUGUCGGUCACAGCGGGAGAACCAGCGACACCGGAAACUACUGGACGCCGUGCUGCAGCCUGAAGUUCAGCUACACAGAGCAGUGUUAUCUGCAGAUGUUAAGCAGGACCCAGAGCCACCACACAUUAAAGAGGAAGAGCAGCAACUCCAGAGCAGUCAGGAGGGAGAGCAGCUUCAAGGACCUGUCCCUGUGAAGAGUGAAGAUUCACAGCUUCAUCAAGGACGAGAAGAGAACACAGAGGCAGAACCUCCAGCCGGCAGCUCAGCUCAAAAGAUGGAAAUAGAGAGUGAUGGAGAGGACUGUGGAGGAUCAGAACCAACCAGGAGCUUAGAUCCAGAUAGUGAUUUACAACCAGCUAAUGAUGAUGAGACUCCAGACUCUUCUGAACAAGCUGACACUGUGUUAUUAAAGAAGACCCAGGCAGGUUCGUCUGUCAGUCAACCAGCUACGGAUGACAGGACUUCAGACUCCUGUGAGACUGAGACUGAAAACAGUGACGAUGAGUGGAAGGAGACAAGGAAACCUCAGUCAGAUUUCAAAACACUGACAAACAAUGGCGCUCCUGAAGGUGAUAAAGAAUGCAACACUGGCAAGAAGUCUUUGAGCUGCUCUGAGUGUGGUAAAAUAUUUGCACCCAAGGACUGUGUGCCGAGCCAAAGAAAAAAUCCUCCCGGAGAGAAACCAUUCGUUUGCUCAGUUUGUGUUCAAAGAUCCACAGAGAGUGUAUGUUUAAUCACAUGUAAGAGAACUCAUUCAGGGGAAAAAAACUUCAGAUGUUCAGUCUGUAAGAAACAAUUUAACUAUAAGUGUGAUGCUGUGAGACAUAUCAGAAUUCACACUGGGGAGAAACCCUUUGGCUGCUCAGUUUGUGGUAAAAGAUUUAGGCAGAGCACAAGUUUGUGCUCACACAUGAGAAGCCACACAGGAGAGAAGCCAUACGGCUGCUCACUCUGCGCUAAACGCUUCACCCGGAGUGGAGGUCUGCACAGACACAUGAGAAUUCAUACAGGAGAAAAGCCUUACAGCUGCUCAGUGUGCAACGGGAGUUUUAGUCUGAGUCAGUCAUUAUUAAAACACAUGAAGACCCAUACAGGAGAGAAACCAUUCAGCUGCUCAGUUUGUGAUAAAAAAUUUAUACAAAAAGGACAUCUGACACAACACAUGACACUCCACACGGGGAAGAAGUCAUUCAGUUGUGGUGUUUGUGGUAAAAGAUUCACGAGGCAGUCACGUGUGAACAACCAUAAGUGUGUUGCUGAGGGCAGCAGCAGUAAAUGAAACUACAGAACUGACACUGUGACCGUUCCCACUUUCAAUGUCUUACUAAGCAUCCCAGAUGGAUUAAGUGGUUGAGGUAUACGAACAACAUAAAUGACAGAACAUUUUUGUAUCACGUCAAAACUUCAGUCCAUCACUAUGCUUUAUUGGCAUGAAUGUAACAAGGACAAUUGGCCUCAUUCACAAACAAAGUGUCCGUACGAAUGUUUUACACAAAAUCCGGGAUUCAUCAAUAUUUUCUUACCUGAAUUUGUUCUUAUUCUGCGAACAAAUUUAGAGCUGCCUCAGACCAUGCGUACUGUACGAACAAAUGAUGAAGGACUGGCCGGCUGUCUUCAUGUAAACACACACCUUUUAACUAAAUGCAUCUCAUAUUUAAACCACAUUCAUUAAAAAAAGACUUGAAUAGAAAACAAUAAUAACACUGUUAUUUUACUAAUGCAUUGGCCAAAUGAAAUUGAUGCCCUUUCAUCCUCAUCAAUUAUUGUCAUAGUUAGAAUAUAUUAUAUAUUCUAAUAUACUGUACAUGUAUAUAUUUAUAUUUAUAUUUCAAAGCUUCUAUUUAAGUUUUCAAAUGAAGUAUGAAAAAAUAAGUUACCUCUGAGUGAAAGUCCUUGCUGGAUGACAUCACUUUCACCCUCAUUUCUUGGACAUAUCCCACUUAUGGAUGCCCACUCAUUCACUCACUCACUCAUCUUCAACCGCUUAUCUGGGGUCGGGUCGCAGGGGCAACAGCUCCAGCUGCGGACCCCAAACUUCCCUUUCCCGGGCCACAUUAACCAGCUCUGACUGGGG